UUGUGUUACAGGCAUGAGAACGUGAAAAUGGGUGACUGGAACCUUCUGGGAAGCAUUCUGGAAGAGGUUCACAUUCAUUCCACCAUAGUGGGAAAGAUCUGGCUCACCAUCCUCUUCAUAUUUCGAAUGCUGGUGCUAGGAGUGGCUGCAGAAGAUGUUUGGGAUGAUGAACAAGAAGAAUUUAUUUGCAACACAGAACAGCCUGGAUGCAGGAAUGUCUGCUAUGAUCAAGCAUUUCCUAUCUCGCUUAUUAGGUAUUGGGUGUUGCAGAUAAUUUUUGUGUCCUCCCCAUCCCUAGUUUACAUGGGACAUGCACUUUAUAGAUUGAGGGCCCUGGAGAAAGAGAGACAGAGAAAAAAGGCCCAAAUCAGGGCAGAGCUGGAACAGCUAGAGACAGUUAUUGAUGAACACAGAAGACUGGAGAAGGAGCUGAGAAAGUUAGAGGAACAAAAGAAGGUGAAUAAGGCUCCCCUUAGAGGUUCACUUCUAAGGACCUAUGUGCUGCAUAUCCUUACCAGAUCCGUUGUAGAAGUUGGCUUUAUGGUGGGACAGUUCUUGCUCUAUGGGUUUGAUCUUAACCCACUUUACAAAUGUUCACGCUUUCCUUGCCCCAAUAUUGUAGACUGUUUCGUAUCCAGGCCAACAGAAAAAACAAUCUUUAUGGUUUUCAUGCAUAGCAUUGCUGCUGUGUCAUUGUUUCUAAAUAUUUUAGAAAUCUUUCAUCUUGGUAUUAAGAAGAUCAAACAAGGACUUUAUGGAAAACAUCUUUCAGAGGUCACAGAAGAUGAAAUAAGCAUUUGCAAGUCCAAAAAGAACUCUGUGCAGCAGGUUUGCAUGUUGAGUAAUUCUUCUCCAAACAAGAUUAUACCUUUGUCUUCGAGUAGUUAUAAGCUGAUUCCUGACCAACAAAUGGACUCUGUUGGAUUACCUGCCUAUCUUCCACCGACUCCGGGAUUUAAGGAAGUACAAAUGAUUAAUGACCAAGGUCAAUAUGGUAAGAUUAUAGCCACUGAAAAGCAUAGGAGGAGUGUGGAUCAUCUUAACACUGAUCAGCACAGUGGACAGAUCAACAUGCACUGUAAACAAGAGUCUAGAUAUGUGGACCGUCAGAGAAUGAUCAAUCACAUUGAUCAAUACCAUGGACAAAUUUUGAACAGGACUCUGCCUGAUCAGCAUCUUGCAGAGCAACGGGAAGAACAGCAUGUCUCUGCAUUACAAAAGAGAAAUCUCUCCUCAAGCAGCGAGGACUCACAUAAGAAAUCUCAGCGCAAUAGCUUUUUGGGGUCCAAGAGCUGCAUUAAAAGCCAUCAAUCUUUAGACCAAGCAAGGCACAGUACAGCACACCCUUUGAGAUCAUGCCUCCAUUCCAGCCAUAUGGAGCUGCCAUCUGCUUUGCGCAAAUACAGCAGAGUCAGUAGCUGCAGGGACUUUGCUGAAGACCGAAGUGAUUCUGCAGAUAGUGGACACCGGAAAGUCAGCUCCACUUCCAGAGGGCUCUCAGAAAGCAGGCUGGCUAGUGAUCCAGAUAGUUCUGACUCAAGGAACGGCUCAGGAUCUGAAUCAAGGAGACGAGAAGAAAGCAUUACUCCUCCUCCUCCAUCUGGGCGCAGAAUGUCAAUGGCAAGUAGAGGCAGACAGUCAGUGGUUUAUCCACUUUACAGACUAUUGGUGUAGUUUAGA